GCAAACGAACGGGGGUAAUGCGCAUCUUGUCUAGUCUUGUAUGUUUUUAAAUGGCUUGGCUUUAAAUCAGUAGCUGUUUCAUUGUAUUUAAUUUCCUCAAUGAAAUUAGGUUGGAGGUUCUACGCGUAGAAGAUGUAGAAACCACAGACACGCAACUGUCGAGGUGUGAAGCUCAUUAAUGGACCUUCCCGAUGACGCGCGAGCCGUCCAAUAGUUUGAUGGAAUCCACCGGAUAACCAAUAGGCUUCCGUUUGGAGCUGCUGCUGCUUGCUGAUUGGCGCAAGGAGCUGCUGCCUCCCGAGUACCGACGCUUCUCCUUUGGUCAAGGUUGCACUUGCGGCUGCAUCAGGACGAGUCCGGAGCCCCGUUUACGCACCGAGAGCAGCCCCGCUGUGUUUUCCUAUCUGAGCACGAUCAGCCAGGAUCUCCAUCUUCAAGGAAUCCGCAAUGGACGAGAUGGAGGAAGAGUUAAAAUGCCCCGUUUGUGGCUCUUUUUACCGGGAGCCCAUCAUACUGCCUUGCUCCCACAACAUUUGCCAGGCGUGUGCGCGGAAUAUCCUUGUGCAGACCCCCGAAGCCGAGUCCCCUCAGAGCAGCCGAGCCUCCGGAUCCGGAGUCUCGGAUUAUGAUUACUUGGAUUUGGAUAAAAUGAGUUUGUACAGUGAGGCGGACAGCGGCUACGGCUCCUACGGCGGGUUUGUGAGCGCUCCGACAACCCCCUGCCAAAAGUCACCAAACGGGGUUCGGGUUUUCCCCCCUGCCGUCCCCCAGCCCGCUCCGCAGCAUCACCUUCUCCCGCAUCCGGCCUCCUUACCCCCGAUCCCCCGCAACUCCUGCAUCACAUGCCCGCAGUGCCACCGCAGCCUGAUCCUGGACGACCGGGGUCUCCGAGGGUUCCCCAAAAACCGGGUGCUGGAAGGCGUGGUGGACCGCUACCAGCAGAGCAAGGCGGCCGCUCUCAAAUGCCAGCUCUGCGAGAAGAGUCCCAGGGAGGCCACGGUGAUGUGCGAGCAGUGCGACGUCUUCUACUGCGACCAGUGCCGCCUGCGCUGCCACCCGCCCCGCGGUCCCCUCGCCAAGCAUCGCCUGGUGCCCCCCGCGCAGGGCCGGAUCAGCCGUCGCGCCAGUCCCCGCAAGAUCUCCACCUGCACGGAGCACGAACUGGAGAACCUGAGCAUGUACUGCGUCCAGUGCAAGAUGCCCGUGUGUUAUCAGUGCUUGGAGGAGGGCAAACACGGCACGCACGAAGUGAAAGCUCUGGGCGCAAUGUGGAAACUGCACAAGGGUCAACUUUCACAAGCCUUAAACGGUCUGUCAGACAGAGCCACCGAGGCAAAGGAGUUCCUGGUUCAGCUAAGAAACAUGGUGCAGCACAUCCAGGAAAACGGCGUGGAGUUUGAGGCCUGUUUGGUGGCGCAGUGCGACGCCCUCAUCGACGCCUUGAACCGACGCAAGGCCCAGCUCCUGUCCCAAGUGAACAAGGAGCACGAACACAAGCUUAAGGUGGUUCGGGAUCAGAUCUCCCACUGCACGGUGAAGCUGCGUCAGACAACGGGACUGAUGGAGUAUUGUCUGGAAGUCAUCAAGGAGAACGAUCCCAGUGGUUUCCUGCAGAUCUCUGACGCUUUGAUCCGGAGGGUCCACAUGACCGAGGGUCAGUGGGGGAAGGGGACCCUCACACCAAGGAUGAGCAGUGACUUUGACCUCACCCUGGACAGCGGACCUCUCCUGCAAACCAUCCACCAGCUAGAUUUCGUACAGAUGAAAGUCCCAGCUGCUCCCAUCCUCCAGCUGGAGGAAUGCUGUACCCAGAACAACAGCGCCACGUUGUCAUGGAAACAACCGCCGCUCUCCACCAUCGCCGUGGAGGGCUACAUCCUGGAGUUGGAUGAUGGAAAUGGGGGCCCUUUCAGGGAGGUGUAUGUGGGGACGGAGACCAUCUGCACGGUGGACGGGCUCCAUUUCAACAGCACCUACAAGUCCCGAGUAAAGGCGUUCAAUUCCAGCGGAGUGGGCCAAUACAGCAAGACGCUGAUCAUGCAGACGUCUGAGACUGGACUCCCUCCAUGUGAUAUUCAGUCUAUAGGCACAGUUGCUUGGUUCACCUUCGACCCAGCCUCCGCUCAUCCGGACAUAGUGUUCUCCAACGACAACCUAACGGUGUCGUGCAACAGCUACGACGACCGGGUGGUCCUGGGUAAUACCGCCUUCUCCCGCGGCGUCCAUUACUGGGAAAUUACAAUCGACCGCUACGACAACCACCCGGACCCGGCCUUCGGCAUCUGCCGGGGCGACGUCCUGAAGGAUGUGAUGCUGGGGAAGGACGACAAAGCCUGGGCCAUGUACGUGGACAACAACCGCUCCUGGUUCAUGCACAACAACUCUCACACCAACAGGACGGAUGGUGGCAUCACUAAAGGGUCCAAUAUAGGAGUGUUGCUGGACUUCACCCGUAGGAUCCUCAUCUUCCUCAUCAACGAUGAGCAGCAGGGUCCUGUUGCCUUUGAGGGCUUGGAAGGCGCGUAUUAUCCCGCUAUCAGCCUCAACCGUAACGUCCAGGUCACGCUUCACACUGGUCUACCCAUCCCGGACUUUUACACCCCUGGGGAGGCAGAUCCAACAAGCUCUGUGUGCUAGAGACUGCAGCAAUCAGUAAAACCUCUCCAGGAUUUCUCUCUUCUCCUCCCCCACCGGUCAAUACCUCUAAUCCCACCCUUGCCCUCCUCUUCUCGACUCCCGUCGCCCCGACCUAAUGACCCCAUGACACUCCAUCAGAGGCCUCAUGACAGUCCUAAGCCAUGCCUUUUUCAACUUUGAACACGACCAUGUGCAGGCGAAUGUCCACGCACGUGGUGCCUUGGUACCUAUGACUUCUUUGGACAACCUGGACGUUUAAGAGGAUGAAAUAAUCACAAUGUCCAGAGGAUGGAUUCCAAAUGCUAUAAAAGAUCACAUAUGAAAAUACUGAAUUGAAAGAAUAUUUUUGCAUUUCAGAAAAUAUGGUCAUUGAGUCCAGACUAGGCAUGGGCUGGUAUGAAACUCUAAGGAACAUAGUGGAAAAAAAGAGCUACAGUUUCACAAUAUUUUCUCAGAAAUGUAAAAAAAAAAAAAGACGUAUAAUAUAGUCUAAUUGCUUUUAUUUAUAACAAGCCACAAUGAAUCAUCCUGCUGCUAAAACAAUCUCAAACAUUGAUUAUUACGUUUAUGAUAGUGUCAAGUACAAUUUAUUAUUUAUUUACUGUUAUUUUGCGAUACAGACCUAAGCAAAUAUACAUAAUAUAUUUUUAGGAUUUUUAAACAGGCAUCAACAAAGGAAUAAAUACCAACAAUUAAUCUACCACUCACUUCCCCCAUUCCUCAGGACCAUUACAUAUACAACCUCAAAUCAAAAUGUACAUUUACAAGUAUAUUCCCAUUCAUAAUAACAUAGCUAGAUUGUUUAAAUUCGAUUCUUCCCUUCAGUUUUUCUAGCUACCUUUAACCAAAGUUUAAGACCAGACUCCUUUAUUCCUAUCACUCUAACAGCUGAUAAGUCAAAGGUAAGUUCUCUCAAAAUAAGAAAGCACCGCACUGUUUACUGAGUCUUGUGAGAUCUUUCCAUUUCAGCAAAAAUUCAUAUCACGGCAGCUAUAAUGCUUGAAAGACUCUUGUUAGAUAUAUGGGGACAAACAACUGUGACAGUUCAUUCAGGAGUAAUAUGGAUAUAGAACAUGCCGAUACUGAAACAUAAUCAAGAUUGGCAGAAGGUUU